CGGGGCUCUUCUCUUCCCAACCUGAACCCCUCGUGUGUGCUUUCAUCUGUUCCGACAGGGUCUCCACGAUCCAAUUCACACUCGUUUUGGUAUCUUCUUACUGUCUUCUUUGAUAGUUGCGUGACAUCUCCCAGUCACUGCCUGGUAACAGGAGCAGUGCGACCUUUACUCUUUGUCACCUGUUGUUGUGGAGACCGGAUCCGCCCAUCUUAUUUUACCUCGCAGGGACCCCUCUCCCCAGACGAUCGCAAGUCAGAUAGCCGUUGUCGUAUCCUGUUCAGAAAAAUCCUCGGGAACAAGAUGGGGUUCGGCAACUUCGAUUCGAUCUGUGAGAAGGCCCCGUUGCCCUUGUGCUCCUUGGUGGGCCCUCCAUCAUCAAUAUCCGGCUCAACUGGCAUUAUCCCCAAUUGCUAUGCGCGCAACAUCGAACUGGCCAAUACCAUCAUUUUCGAGGGGGCCGCCUCUUUCAUCCAUAUCAUCGCGCUCGCGAUGACGGUGAUCAUGAUCUUACACAUACGGUCAAAGUUCACUGCUGUUGGCCGCAAGGAAAUUCUGACCUUCUUUUACAUCUACCUGCUCUUGACCAUGUGUUCUUUGAUCCUCGACGCCGGCGUGACACCUCCAGGAAGUAGCUCUUUCCCUUACUUCACUGCGGUGCAGAAUGGCUUGGCCUCGGCACUCUGUACCUCGCUGCUCAUCAACGGCUUUGUGGGAUUUCAGCUGUACGAAGAUGGCACCACGCUCUCUGUGUGGCUCGUGCGACUGAGUUCCGCGGCCAUGUUCGUGGUCUCCUUCCUGGUCUCCCUCGCGACCUUCAAGUCGUGGGGGAGCCUCGGUCCUACUAAUACCAUUGGCAUGUUUGUUGUGCUGUAUAUCGUGAACGCCGUCUUCAUUGUGAUAUACCUGGUUAUGCAACUUCUUCUCGUUCUUAACACCCUCGAAGACCGCUGGCCCUUGGGUCAUAUCUCCUUCGGUCUUGUGGUUUUCAUCUGUGGCCAGGUUCUUCUUUAUGCGUUCAGUGAUGCGAUCUGCGAUAAUGUACAGCAUUACAUGGAUGGACUUUUUUUCGCGACGCUUUGCAACCUGUUAGCGGUCAUGAUGGUUUACAAGUUCUGGGAUUACAUCACGAAAGAGGAUCUUGAAUUCUCUGUGGGGAUCAAGCCAAACACCUGGGAGGUCAAGGAGCUUCUUCCGGACGAGGAUCGCCGGCAGACGAUCUAUGCCGAUGCCGAUUCCGAAUAUGCUGGGAGCAUGUACCAUCACCGGGCGUCAACCUAUCACGGCCACAAUUACUAGACUGUCAAGCGCGUGCAGACCUAGUACUCUAUUGAUUCGAACUCAGUUUCGGGCAACGCUCACCGUCCCAUCUUCAAACAGCCCUAUUCCUCGUCAGCCCGGGCCGAGGUGUUGGGGGCGGUUCUGAGAUGUCGCAACUCGCCGUUGUUUCGGCCCCAAGGACUACGCACGGCCCUUUCUAGUCUAAUUUAGCCUUUCUGCUUCCUUCGGCAUUUGUGAAUAUUUAACGAUAAUUGUGUAUAAUUGGAGUCCAGGUGCGUGGGGGCCUAUCUUCUGACAUUUAUGUUUGAGUUGUUUGCAUGGCGGCCAUGUGCGCCCUCACCCAACCCCACCGUCCUCGUUGCUUGUGUCUGAAGGUCCAUGUCCACGAUAAUUUGUGUCCUCUAGAUAUUUCUCAGCCUAAUGGUUCUGUUCAAAGCUACCAAAAGUACG